CCCCCUUAGUUAAUGGGGUUUUUUUUAUUUCCAAGAUGGAAGCUCGGGCACUCCAUGAUUUCAAACCAACUAAAGAUGAUGAAUUGGCGUUCGAAAAAGGAGACAGGCUUUGUAUAAUGGACACACAUUGCGAUGAAAAUUGGUGGAGUGCUGUAAGAAUUAAGAACCCAGAACAAGGAAAAGGAUAUGUUCCAAAGACCUAUAUUAAAAUGGAGCCAAAUGAUUGGUAUGCAGGAAGAAUUUCAAGAGAGCAAGCAGUAAGUUUACUUUUGCGGGGUAAUCAACCUGAUGGAUCUUUCCUCUUACGGGAUAGUGAAAGUUCUCCAGGAGAUUAUUCUCUCUCAGUAAGAUUUCAAGGUGCAGUACAGCACUUCAAAAUUUUACGAGAUGGAUCUGGUAAAUUCUUUUUGUGGGUUAAGAAGUUCCCCUCCAUCAACAGCCUUAUAGAGCACCAUCAAUUGUCCUCAGUUAGCCGCACAGAAACUAUUCUGUUAAGAGGCAAACCAAAGGAAGGCGCUCACGAACAAAAGCUAGAACAGGUUACCUGUAUGUACGAUUUCAAACCAGAUGACGAUGAGGAGUUGCCGUUUUCUAAGGGAGAUAUAAUUGAAGUGCUGGAGAAAGAAAUUGACUCAUGGUGGAGAGGGAAAAAUAUGAGAACAGGGGAAACAGGACUCUUCCCCAUCAAUUAUGUCAAACAAAAGUAAAACAAAAAGCAUUGUGAUUUUAAUUGUUUGUAGUAAGUGUAGUAAUUCAAAGACAACAUUUUUGAAAGAAGGUUAAGAUUUGCUGAGUUAAGAAUAUCACAUGUCAGUACCAUUGACAAUGUAUCAUUGCCAUGAAUCCAACAUGUUGCUAUGGAUACAUUGUCAGUCACAUGACCAUGUGACUAUUGAAUGGCAGAUCCCAAGUAAUGACCUAGGAUUUAAAGAUAUAAUGUAUAUGUUUUUAUGAAUCAAUGUUUUAACUCUAUUUAUUGUAUCCAUGUCAGCAAGCAUAUUUAAAUUAUUUCAUGUAAACAUUAUAUAAUUGCUAUUUCUGAAAAUGAAUGACUUGUUUUUUUAAGCAUAAAUCAUCAGAAUAUUCAAUGAAAGCUGUUAUUGUAGUGAUUGAAAUCUUAAUUCAUUGCAUGUUGUGUUUCAUGAAAGUGUAUGCAGUUUAAAAGUUACCUUUCUUACCAAAAUGAUAAAGAAUCUGUGGUAUUGGCUUUAUAUAUGGAAUUUUGUUUAAUGGAAACAAAUAGAAAUUUAUUAUCCAAUGUAUGGCUGUACAUUAUAUGUACAUGUAUGUGACUAUGGCUCCUUGUUGUCAUACAGGAUGGGAUAUAUGACCAGUAUCAUUUAUCUCCCUUUAUUCAAAAAUUGCUAUCUGCACUUGGGGGCCUCAAUAAGCUAGGCUCAUAAAAAUCAAUGUUUAGCUUACUUCAACAAAGUGGAGUGGGAAGAGGUUAGGAUAUCCGCACCUCGUUAGGGAGAAUGUUGAAGAUCUGUAUAGAAGUAAUUAUAGAUAGGUUAGAUGAAUGAUAUAUCUAAGGGUACUCAAUGGUAGGUUCCAGAUGCUGAAUGUGAUUUCUAGCUUGCCAGGACAGUCCAGGGGAGUUAUUGCUAUACAGUCGGCAUUGUCCAAAGACCACAAGGUUAAAGUUUUUAGCAACAAGUAAGCUAAUGCUGUCAUCCCAGCAUCCCACACCAUAACUUGUAAAGUUUUUUGGGUGGAAAUAUUCUAUAAUUUUUUUCAUAAUGUACCUUGUUUUGUACUUUUUUUUUUUUUUUUUGCAUCACAACUCAGUUAAAAGUUUUUCAAAUGUGUGAAGCCCAUAAGUUUACAUGGUGGUAGCAUACUACAGUAGGACAGCCUGACCAUGGGCGAUUUUCUUGUUAAGCAAAUAACUCCUGUAUUAUGAAAAAUAAAAAAUGAAAAAAAUAAAUGUACACUAUAAUUGGUAUAUUCAGUAUGAAGUAGUACAUACAGACUUCACAUUUGUUAAAACUAAAAUAAAUAAUUCGGUUCCAGAUUUUAAAUUUCCGAUUUUUUCGAAAGUGUGUUUACACAGGAAAUGUAGUUUUGCCUACAGCAAAAAAUGGAAGCCAACAGUAAAGGUAUAAAGAUAGCGGGUAAACUUAAUGUACAACAUAUGUCAAAACAAGAUUAAUUCUGUCUUUGGAUAGAGAUAUUUAAUUUCAUAUAGGAUUCAGAAAAAAAAUUGUGUAGAGAAUUGUGUCAUUUUGGGUCAAAUAUCAUUAUAAUAUUUUUCAAUUUUUAAGUUGUUACCAUGGUAUUCACAUCUCUAAAAAUCUUAGAAAAAAUAACUUUACUUAUCCUUCAGAGCUGUAUUAAAAUUGCAAAUGUUGUACAGAUUACAAAUAUAUAUAAUUUAUUAGAGGUAAUAUGUAGGGUUAAUUAGCGUUUACAUAACUAAAACAUGUGCCAAAUUUUUCAGAAUUGGGCAUUUUUACUGUACACUGCUACCUGUAUACCCUUCUCAUUUGGUGUAUAUGAUCACUAUGGGUCUAGAUUUGAUGAAAUUGAAAGUGAGUGUUGGAAAUAUUAGUUUGUUGUGAUUACUUGUAGAAUUUGGAUGAAAUUCACUAAAAUAUCUUAUGUUUGUGAAUAAGAUGUAUUAAUUUGUCAUUGAGAAUUUAUAUCCUAAUAACUUACUGAAAUUGUAGUGCAAGCAUUUUGCAAUGGCUGUUGCUGGUGAGCAUUGAUUGCACUUGUUUUAAAACCGUGUUGUGUCAAUCCUUAUGAGGAUAAAGAUUAGGUGUUUAUUUGACACGUGUGUUCCUGGUAACAGGAGCUUUCUAUUGGUACUACAUUCUGCCAGAGUAUGUUAACCGUACAAGAUGAGGCUUAUAUAACAUGUUUUAGCCCACCUUCUGAUGAUUCAAAUCACCCUGUGUCCAUGGUCCGUCCGUCCGUACGUCCGUCUGUCAGUGGUUCGUCUGUAAACAAUUCUUGUUAUCGCUUUUUCUUAAAAAGUGAUCAAUGGAUCUUUCUCAAAUUUCAUAUGUAGGGUCCUCUUGGUCCCUAGUUGUGCAUAUUGCAUUUUGGGAUAGAGUAGAAAGCAACGUUGCCAACAGGUAGCCAUCUUGGAUUUUGACAAUUGAAGCUACAUUAUUAUAAUAAUUUCUUAAAGUACUAAAUUACCAUUAUGGGUCUUUCUAAAAUUUGAGGUUCCCUUUGGUUUUCAGUUGUGGAUGCAAGUCUGAUUGAAAGAACUAAAUGGAUGACAAAGAGUAUGGCCAUCAUUUUGACAAUUGUAGGUUGCUCCUGCUAUAUAGUGUUAUAUAAUGUUAUUAAAUUUUUUGAAGGAAGAGUGAAAACGUGAAAAGAAGAGAAAAGAUCACUCUUUCAUUUCAUUCCAUGGUGGGCACCAAGAUCCCUCAAGGAUCUCGUUUCCUUGUGACAUGAACUUUCCAUUGGUACUAUAUUAGUGGACCUGCUGACCUUGACUGUGACCUUUGAUCUACUUUUAAAAAUAAGUAUAAAAUUCUUAAUUCCACACACUAUACGAGCUAUGUUUUCUUCUGACAACUGUCUGAAAGUUGAGGUGAAUUUCAUUACUCUUGUUUGCUGGACGUUGAGGUAUUGAGAUGAAUGAAGUAAUAAUAGUUUACCUGAAGUUUGACUGAGAAAAGUAAUCAUAGAGGUUGCUUUUUGCUAGAUGUUGAGUUCUUAAGGUGAUCCAAAUAGCCUUUUGAUUAUUCUGUCCACUGAAGAUCGAGGUGUUCAUGUAAACAAGUAAUCUUUGAGGUUUAAGUGAGCACAGUAAUAAUUCAUUACUGUUGGUAAUCAUAGAUUACUAGGUUUACCUGAGGUUUGAGUGAGCAUUGUAAUCAUUGAUUACUAGGUUUACCUGAGGUUUGAGUGAGCAUUGUAAUCAUUGAUUACUAGGUAUACCUGAGGUUUGAGUGAGCAUUGUAAUCAUUGAUUACUAGGUUUACCUGAGGUUUGAGUGAGCAUUGUAAUCAUGGAUUACUAGGUUUACCGGAGGUUUGAGUGAGCAUUGUAAUAAUUGAUUACUAGGUUUACCUGAGGUUUGAGUGAGCAUGGUAAUCAUUGAUUACUAGGUUUACCUGAGGUUUGAGUGAGCAUUGUAAUCAUUGAUUACUAGGUUUACCUGAGGUUUGAGUGAGCAUGGUUAUCAUAGAUUACUAGGUUUACCUGAGGUUUGAGUGAGCAUGGUAAUCAUUGAUAGCUAAGUUUACCUGAGGUUUGAGUGAGGACAGUAUGGCAAUACUAAAUCUACAAUUUUAGUUGAAGAUGUAAUUCUUAUUAUAUAAACAGUAUACUUUUUAACUACUGUUGCAAGUACAAGUCCUAAUAAAUAUAUUUUCCCUAUAUCGUAUGGUUCAGUUCCCAUGAAAGUUAUAUAUUAUAGAAGGUGGAAGAUAUGUUUAUAUUUGAAGUUAUAUAUCACAGAAUUAUAUGUAUAUAAAUGUUCAUUUAUCGUGUUUUCAAUAGAUCCUUCAGUUGUUCAGUCUUGCUUUUCUCCUCUCAUGCCUUUCCAAUACAUAGGUCUUGCUCAUAAACAAGUGUGGAUAUAUAUAUAUGUUUUACUUUUUGUAUAUGGUGAUUCCUGUUCAGACUGAUCAAUUUAUUGGCUAUUUUUUGUACUCUUUUCAACAGACGAAUCUAAUCUCUAAUACACAAAUAUAUUAAUCUUACAAACCAGUACAGCCAGAAAGGGGACUAUAGGUUUGAGACUGUCCCUCACCAGUACAACAGGAGGGGACCAUAGGUUUGGGACUGUCCCUCACCAGUACAACAGGAGGGGACUAGAGGUUUGGGACUGUCCCACACCAGUACAGCAGGAGGGGACUAUAGGUUUGUGACUGUCCCUCACCAGUACAACAGGAGGGGACUAUAGGUUUUGGACUGUCCCCCACCAGUACAACAGGAGGGGACCAUAGGUUUGGGACUGUCCCCCACCAGUACAACAGGAGGGGACUAUAGGUUUGGGACUGUCCCUCACCAGUACAACAGGAGGGGACCCUAGGUUUGGGACUGUCCCUCACCAGUACAACAGGAGGGGACUAUAGGUUUGGGACUGUCCCCCACCAGUACAGCAGGAGGGGACUAUAGGUUUGGGACUGUCCCCCACCAGUAGAACAGGAGGGGACUAUAGGUUUGGGACUGUCCCCCACCAGUACUGUACAACAGGAGGGGACUAGGUUUGGGACUUUCCCCCACCAGUACAACAGGAGGGGACUAUAGGUUUGGGACUGUCCCCCACCAGUACAACAGGAGGGGACCAUAGGUUUGGGACUGUCCCCCACCAGUACAACAGGAGGGGACUAGGUUUGGGACUCUCCCCCACCAGUACAACAGGAGGGAACCAUAGGUUUGGGACUCUCCCCCACCAGUACAACAGGAGGGGACUGUCCCCCACCAGUACAACAGGAGGGGACCAUAGGUUUGGGACUGUCCCCCCACCAGUACAACAGGAGGGGACUAUAGGUUUGGGACUGUCCCCCACCAGUACAACAGGAGGGGACCAAAGGUUUGGGACUGUCCCCCACCAGUACGACAGGAGGGGACCAAAGGUUUGGGGCUGUCCCUCACCAACACCUCUGGAGAGGAUAAGUGUAUAUUUUAUUAUAUUUGUGGGGGAUUGAAUUUCAUUAUGCUCAGUCUUUAAAAGCAGUAUAGCUCAAAAAAUACACAGCAAAUAAUUAUAUAUACAAACAAAUGUAUAAAAGUGUUUACUGAAGAAUGUUUACAAGGUAUUUUGUAAAAUUUAAUACCUGAACUAGGUGCAGCUGGGAAAAACCACAUGAAAUUAUCAAAUAUGCAGUAAAUGUACUGUUAGGUUUGCACUGCACAAAUUAGUUCUUCGUCAGACUUAUUUUGCUCUGUUACCUGCAAAUUAUCAGAUUUUGUGUACAAGUUCAUCAAAGGAUCAUGAUUCAUAAUGUUUUUGUGCCAUUUUUUCUUGAAGGUUACUUAUUUAUGGAUUUCUGAUAUAUUGUACUAAUUUUUAAGUGUUGAUUAAUUGGUAUUCAAAGAUUUAAUGCUGUGGUUUAUUUUGAACUUAAAUUUUUUUUUUUUUUUUUUUUUUUUUUUUAAUUCUAAUAGAAAUUUCAAAUGUUAUACUACUCAGUUUUUCUAUGCUUAUCAUUUAAACAUGUAUUUUUCUAAUAAAGAUAAUCAAAUAUGA